UGCACACAACAAUCAACAAAUCAUAUGUUAUCGCGUUCGAACAAAACGUAAUUGUAAAUUAUUGAACGUCGAAUGGUGGUAAUCUCUAACAAAACAUGAAAAUCAUUGAAAAUAAUUAAUCGAGAUAUGCUUGUUUACACCGUAGAUUCAACCUUCUACAUAUCGGUAAUUGUUUCAUGAUGGUAUUUUAUGAGUAAAAGAUAAUUUUUACAAUUUGAGGUCUGUAUAAAUAUAAAUGUUGAUCUCAGCCACCUGAGCGAAUGCGAAGAUGCGCGAGAGGCGAAUCGAAUAAUUGGUACGUAAAUUUUUGCUUGAAAUGUGGUGUAUCUUAGAGUGGUCUGUCAAAAUUUUAUCGACGUCGACCGAUUGAUUAUUAGUGUCAGUAUAAUCGAACGCAAGAAUGAAUUUCUUUUCUUGACAUAUUUAAAAAAAAGUCAAUAAAGACGUGACUGGGUGAUACACUAAUCCGAACGAUAAGCGGGAUGGGGUUUUCUACAAGUCUACAAGGACAAGCGUUCCACGAGGCUCUGCUCGGUCGUCAGGAUGCCGAGAUCAAGCUUCUUGAAACGAUGAAACGAUGUUUGACGAUGAAAGUCAAAUCGGAUCGCGAAUACGCUUCGACGAUUUCCUCUCUAGCAGUGCAAGGAAAGAAGAUCGAGCGAAACGAAGAUCUCAUCGGUAGUCUCAUAGCACAGAGUUGGAGAGAUAUUAUGGAUUCUGUCGAUCAAACAGCUAAAUUAAUCAAACAGCAAGCAGACCAGGUUGACAAUAUAGUGGUUGAACACAUUACAAUAUUAUGUGCAGAGAGAAGGAAAACCAGGAAACUGUAUCAGGAAGAACAGACAUGGUUGAGUAAUCAGUUUCAACAGUUAACCGAAGAUGUUGCCAGAAAGAAAUUGGAAUAUCAGAAAAAUCUAGAGGUGUAUAAGCUAAUGAGAUCUCGUUUUGAAGAAUAUUAUGUUAAAUGCAGAGUAGGUAGAAAAUUGGAUGAAGUAAGGGAGAAAUAUCAGAAGGCCUGCAGAAAACUUCAUCUCACACACAACGAAUAUGUGUUACUCCUGGGUGCUGUAACAGAAUGUGAACAUGACUUGAGAACAUCUUAUUUGCCAAGCCUCCUUCAUCGACAGCAGACAAUCCAUCAAGAACUGGUAACAUCUUGGAAAGCCAUACUCCAGGAUGUAGUGAAGUACUCUGAUUUUACAACGGAUAAAUUUCAAGAGAUACAUCUGCGAAUGCAGAAAGCCGUUGAUUUGGUGAAACCCAUGGAAGAGUGUAGGGACUUCAUGGGAGAACAUAGAACACGAUCAGCAUCGCCGAUAAGAUUCACGUUCGAUGAGAACCUUGUAGACGAUACCUCGGGGAAAUUAUUGCCAAAUAGGUUGACAGUCGACAAUCUAACAAUAGAUUGGUUACGAAAUCGGUUAACAGAACUGGAAACUUCUCUGAAAGCGACUCAACAGAACCGUCAGAAUCCUCAGCAUCCAUCCGAAAAUAACAGCGACUCUAAGGCAUCGAUUCUGGAUUAUACCCGUGAGAGAGAAGAACUACGUUUACGUUGCCAGGAGAAGAAGCUUCAACGACAAGUGGACGUUAUUAGAUCGGCUUUGAAUGAGUUAGGUUGCGAGGAAUUACCAUUAGGAUACGAUCUUUCCAUGGAAAGUACCUUCGUUGAUUCGCCUACAAUCAGUAAGAAAGCCAGAAUGCCAGAUAUCCGUUUCUGCACGUUGCGAAGGAAUCAACGGUUCAUGACAAUAUUUAAGACUCCUUUCAAAUCUUUACCAAUGAUAAACAAUACAGCAGAUGGAAUGAUUAGAUCAAGCAGUGAAAGUCCUGCUUCAAAACCGAAUAGUACUUUACCAGUUGCCCCGGUACGUGGAAAUUCACAUUUGACGAAUAAUCAAAAAGGAAAUGGAAACGGCGAUCUUAUGGAGGAGGAAUGGUUUCAUGGCGUACUGCCAAGGGAAGAGGUAGUAAGAUUACUAGUGAACGAAGGAGACUUCUUAGUACGCGAAACAACAAGAAACGACGAGUGCCAAAUAGUUUUAUCUGUUUGUUGGGAUGGGCAUAAACAUUUUAUUGUACAGACAACCACCGAGGGACAUUAUAGAUUCGAAGGUCCUACAUUUCCGUCGAUUCAGGAGUUGAUUAGACAUCAAUGGUUAUCCGGACUACCCGUAACUAGCCGGUCCGGAGCUAUUCUCAAAACGCCGAUCUUGCGUGAACGUUGGGAACUCAAUAACGAUGAUGUAAUUCUUCUAGAAAAAAUAGGACGGGGUAACUUUGGGGAUGUAUAUAAAGCGCAGCUUAAAUCUUGUAAGACUGAAGUAGCUGUAAAAACCUGCAAAGUAACGUUACCCGAUGAACAAAAACGUAAAUUCUUGCAGGAAGGACGAAUAUUAAAGCAAUACGAUCAUCCAAAUGUAGUGAAACUUAUUGGAAUUUGUGUUCAAAAACAGCCGAUCAUGAUCGUUAUGGAAUUGGUACCCGGUGGUUCCUUGCUAACAUAUUUAAGAAAAAGUUCUGGCAGUAUUACGCAACAAGAACAGCUUCGUAUGUGUAAAGACGCAGCGGCAGGUAUGCGCUACUUGGAAUCUAAAUACUGCAUUCACAGAGACUUAGCAGCACGAAAUUGUCUCGUAGGAUACGAGUCCAUAGUAAAAAUUUCAGACUUUGGUAUGUCACGAGAGGAAGAAGAAUAUAUAGUUUCGGAUGGUAUGAAACAAAUUCCGAUUAAAUGGACCGCUCCGGAAGCAUUGAAUUUUGGUAAAUACACAUCCCUAUGCGACGUUUGGAGUUACGGAGUACUGAUGUGGGAAAUAUUUUCAAAGGGCGGAAAUCCUUACAGCGGAAUGUCUAAUGCUCAGGCCCGUGAGAAAAUAGAUGCGGGGUAUCGUAUGCCAGCCCCGGAGAACACGCCUGACGAAAUAUACCGCUUAAUGUUACGAUGCUGGGAAUACGAACCAGAAAAGCGCCCACAUUUCGAUCAUAUAUACACUGUUGUCGAAACGUUGUCCCAGGCGUAUUUGUAGAAGAUAAGUUUAUAUUUGGUGCUAAUCUUCAUAAAGUAUAAUAUUACUUUCACAUUUUUUACGUGAGCCGUAAACCAGAUCAGAAAUUAGAAGUUUCAUGAAAGAAUAAUGAUCAUAAAAAUGACAUCUUCUUUUGGAACAUGUGCUUACAACACGCUUAAAAAUUCAUCGAGAAUUUUCGGUUUCAAUUUCAAGCAAUUGUAUCUACAUGGUCCCAAGCUUUUAAUUUCUAUUGGCUAAUUCUUUUUUAAUUACCAGUGAACUUAUUGCAAAUAAGUGUUACAAAUGAAAUUGGUUAUUAUCCGAACGAUUUGAUCAUUACUCUUUUCAACAUGGUAUUAUUGUGUCCUUCUUCGUUCGGACAAUAAGCAAUGUUCCCUAAAUUGCCGAUAAUUGAGUAGUUUUGUUUUUAGACAUCGAUACACCGAUGACAUACUAAUUGGCAUUUCAUCUUCCUAAUGUAUUUAUGCAUAGUAUUAUAUGUAUGUAUUACAUCGUGUAUACUUGUUUCGUAAGUAUCUUUCGUCUUUUUUAUAUACAAAUAAUUUUCAGUUCACUUUACCUUUAAAUAUUUAUCCGUCCACCAGAGUCUUAUAGAAGAAAACUGUAUACAUAUAUUUAUACCAUAACGAUUAUUCAGAUCGUGAAUUUGAACUGUGCUGUCUCAUAUUAUUGUGAAAAAUAAUUGUUAAAAGUAGAUUGUAUGCUAAUAUGCUUGCUAGAAAUUGUCAAGUAUAUUUGAAUCAUAUUACGUGCAACACAGGCUAAAUAUUCAUGAAAAUUUAAUUUUCACGAGGUAUAUGCAGUGCAUAGAAUUUUAUUUUAUAUGUUGCACGAUUACUGCUGUGAAAUAUGCGAGAUAUUUAACCGAUAGAGUGCACAUAAUUUACAUUUGACUUAAUCAUGUAGGAAGAAAAAGUAUAUUCGUAUACCAUAUAUGCCUCUCGAAAAAUCGAAAUUUUGGAAUUUGUCUAUACUAUGAACAGGAUUGACAUUUUACUUUUAUGUGGUCAAAUACUCAGGAUUUUCCAAAAAACGAGCUGCUAAGCCUGUAGUCUUUUAUAAAAAUCUAAUUUCUCCGGCGCUUAUGUAAGUAAGUGUAUAUUAUGUACAACAAUCUUAGAAAAAAAAAAGAUUAAACUUAUUUUACUCACUGUACACAUGUUUUACAAAUAUAAUUUUAUUAGUUCAUCA